AAGCUUUUUUUUUAACAGAAUCUGUAGAAGGUGAAGACCUGGGUUAUUCCAUUAUUUUGAAAUAAUCGUAUCAACACUACCAUCUCUAAAUCUGAUUUGUUUAUAAAUUGUGCGCGUUUUGGCUAUCACAAAAAACUUAUUUUCUCAGCAAACAUAUAUCAUACUGCCGCGGGAGCAAACUAAUAAAGUAUUAAUAUAAACAUUGCGACAUUGCGAUACCAUGGACGUAAAGUCUUUCAACUCGAAAAUUGAGUGUAGGGAUUUAAAAAAAUGUGGCGAAAUCGCCACAUUGUUGUCAUCUGAGAAACCAGAAUUCUUCCUUAAUUGCGGGUUUUGCGACUAUACUUUUCUCCAACUCGAAAAUUUUAUCCGACAUAUUUAUGAAGAUCAUAUUCUAGAGUUUUCUCAACUCGAAUUAAAACAGGAAGAAGACAUAAAAGAAUUUGAAGAAGAGGAAGCUGUUUUCCAAACGGAAAAUCGUGACAAUAGUUUUGUGUUUAAGGACUUUGAAAGAGUUGAAAUCGAAUUAGACACAAGAAUAGACCCUUGCAUAGAGAUCAAAAAUGCAACACCUAAUGAAUUUAUGGACGAAGAAUUGUUGGAUAACACUAAAACUGAAGAAUCGUAUGACUUUGAUUUUUUUGGAAAAAGAGAAGAACCUAGAAGACCUUCAGACACUACUUCAAACCGACAGCAAACUAACAAGAAAAAAUGUGAUUGGAGCGAAAUGGAGGAUAACACAAAAACUGAAGAAUGGGAUGACUCUGAACUUCUAGAACAAAAAUCAGAACCCAGAAGAGCCUCAGAAACUAUCUCGAACCGACCGCACACUAACAAGAAAAAAUGUGAUUGGAACAAAACUGAGCAAAGCAACAAUAAUAAAAACUAUGAAGACUCUGAUCUGGAAGACGAUUAUACUGAAGGCCCCUCAAAAGGUGGUACUCAGAGCAAAUACAACUCUAAUAACAAAUGUCCUCGAAAUAGUUCAAUAUUGGAUGAUGCGCAAUGCAUAGCUUUGGCUGAAAUAUAUAAAUUAAAUGCUUGCCUUUGGAAUGAGGAGGAAAUCGCUUAUAGGUUCAGAAAUAGACGCCGAGAGGCUUUAAGCGCUGUUUUUAAUGCAUUUAACACAAAAACUGGUCUGAAACUGUUACAACAGGAUUUGGAAAAAGAAAUUAUACUGUUACGAAAAAUCUGCUCAAAUGAAAAGAAACUAAAAAUAGCAUGCAAAAAAAAUAAUUCCAUUCAUAAACCCACCUACCCAUUUUACGAUCAUAUAGCAUUCCUCGAAGUCGACGUUGCGCCCUUUGAAUGCUCCCAAUGUGGGAAAUUGCUUCCUGGGUUAGGUCAGCUCAAAGUACAUUUUGCAAAACACGAUGGCUCGCUGCCCUUCAAAUGUAAUGUCUGUGGCCAUGGUUUUCAUUUAAGUAAUAAUUUGACGGUACAUCUGAGAAGACACGUACAGGACUACCAGUACAAUUGUGAAGUGUGCAACAAGCCGUGCGCAACAACCACAGAAAUUAAAAUCCAUAUGCGUACACACACAGGCGAAAGGCCCUAUGUUUGUUCUAUUUGUGGCGAGAAGGCUUUGACGUCAUCGCACCUUUUAUUGCACAUGCACCGGCGUCACGAAAAGCGACCUCUUCACAAAUGUAAACUUUGCCCAAAAACGUUCUAUGAAAGGAGAAGGUUGCGCGAUCACUUGGCCGUCCAUAAGAAUGUACGAGAUGAAAUUUGCAGAGUGUGUAAGAAGGGCUUUAAAAAUGUUAAGCAAUUGCGACAGCAUCAGCUGAUUCACAACGCGGAAAAGAAAUAUACAUGCAAAUUUUGUGGAAAACGUUUUGCGCAAAGUUCGGGACUUUGUGGUCAUAUGAAAACUCACGGUACAUUACCCCAGAAAGUGCUACAUGCUGAUUAGGAUAAAUUAAACUAAGUUUCUAUUGAAAUAAGUUUAUAAGUGUAACUUCUCAUCAUUAACUUAAUUAAAAUAAAACCCGACUUCUGGAUUAAACAUGUGUUUUACAAGAACUUAUUUCAUGGCCAGCUAGCAAUUCUAAGAUUCGGAGCAUUGUCUGUGAUCAUAGCUUCAAGGCAACGCUUCCAUCCUCUCUUAAUUUUUUCGUAAUAAGAAUGCAAGGUAGAAUCAAUUCCAAUAUGGUCGGUUCUACGUUUAUCGGAUUGACACGGAGUACCAUCUCCGACCAACGACCACCACUAUAGCAGCCUUUUUUUGCCAUGGGAGCAUGGCCUACGAGCAAGUCUGCUCCGCAUACUCCUAAUACAUAAAAUAAAGCAUCGUGCCGUGGACAUGUAGUGUUUGGCGCACAAAUAUACAUAUGUAACUCUUUAAGCUGCAACAACUGGUACCGCCUAAAAGCAUGCUCGGAUGUGCGGCACAACAGAAAGGAGCGCCAACUGUGUUACAUAGUGUCGCAACAACUCACUACAAACGCGGCGCUCUGCACAAGCUCCCACCCAACCAUUAACCAGUGGACCAACUCCCAGCACGCAACCCAGGACAUUCACUCAGCACAAAUGGUUCUGCAGCGUUAGCACCAAUCUGGUGAGGCCCAAUGCAACAUUUUUAAGGUGCAUUCAAUAAUUGGUACAACCAUCGUGCGUGGAGUGCUGCAACUUGCGGCUUACUCACAACACCCACCGCCAAUCGCAGCAUACACCGAAACCGAUGCACAGGCCGGUGAUAACACCAGCGGUUGCACCAUUUGGUCCACAACCAGCACUGUUACCACACGCGUAACAAUCACCAGGCUAAAACCGGUCAUACUAUUGCAGUUCAAUUGCAACGGUCUUCAAGGUAAGAUCGAUGAGAUAGUCAGUUUUAUGAGGAGUAAUAAAAUUUCAGACUCGGCCGUCCAGGAGAUUGAACACCACUGGGGCUCGAAGCGUCUGAAUUAGGAUGACUUUACUUUUCUUGGAAGAGAUCGGCGCGGGAGGCGACAUCGCCUUAUAUUGUAUAACGCGGUACCGACCUCUCGCGUCAAACCACAUGCCCUUAGUAAUCGCGUUAGACCAGCCUAUAGCUUUUUCUUAUUCGAGAACCGUACAUAAGCACCCGGGAAGGCCAACGGGCACAGUUUUACAGAAUAUACCGACCGCAAAUUCAACACUUUUACACUGCAAUCAUUUGCGCGCAUAACUGACCAAAACUUCCGCGGGAUCAUCAACACAGCAGCCGGCAGGAUGGCUAAAAUCCGCCCAGGGACUCGCAGACGUGCAAGAGCAAAUCCAACUGGCUAAAGGCUCAGUUCUGCAUACUUUGCACUGCACUUCAGUAGAAGUCAAAAAUCAACAGACUUUUACAUAUGUAAUGCUGUGCGUUGAGUAAUCUCUUACACGCAAAUCUCAUUUAAAAGAUUUCUUAUGUGACAACUCUCAUGCAAUGCCAAGUAUGCAUAACUGAGCCUUAAUCCUGGGGUUUCCUGCAUCAGCGAUGUCAACAUGGCAAUUAGCAUCUCCGGACUUGCAAUCAACCCUGCGGAGCAACCAAACUGUGGACGACAGUUAAGAUUCUUUCCCAUCGGAUGAAACGUAAGGACAGCGGUUGCCCUUACAUUUGGCAAUACCGCAACGUUGGAUCCGCAGACGUUCGCGCACUUCAGCCGGCAAUUCAUUGCAUGAUCAGAGAGAGACAAAGCCCGCCGUAGUAAGCUACACAAAGCUCGAAAGCUCCGCCCGAUACACAACAAAGUCCUUUGCAACGAAAGAGGCACAUGCCACCGUCAACAACGCCAAAGCGGAAGGCACAGGUGAAAUUUCCACGCAGAUGCUGAAUAAGCUAGGGAAUGCGGUAGUUGAGUAAAUCACCUCCGCAUUCAACUUAUCACUGUCCACCGGCUCCGUGAAUUAUGGCCGCGUGUAUUAAGACCGCGGUCAAAAAAUGAAAUUAGGCCGCCAAACAAAUAAGAAGGCGGCCUUAAUUCACGCGGUAAAAAUUCCAUCCCACAUAGAUCACUUUUCUACGUAGGCGGCCUUCGGCCGCGCUUAGGGAUUAUAACACUCACUAAGUGGAAUUCUCCUUUCUGUGUUGCCGAAGAAGAGGAGCUCACACCUUUUGUAGAACACGUUUCUGCGUAGGCGGCCUUCGGCC